AACCAUGUGGCGAAGUUUCUUUUGUGCUAUGGUGGCCGCGGUCUCUCUCGCUAACUGGAAAACUCGUUUUAUUCCAAGUAGUUUAUGAUAGAGAAUGGCAUGCAUUUGAAAUGUUCUUCUUUGCUUUAUUAGGAAUAAUGGGUGUAAGUUUUUAA